UAUAUAAAUAAGCUUCCUGGGAAAGUCUCUGACUGUUUACAUCUGCGUUGUGCCCUGAAUCAUUGAACAGGGAAGACAUGAAGGCCAUGUGGCGCCAUCUGUCGUCAAACACUCAAACAACAGGAAAUACUAUAUUUUCCCAGAAUGGAUGUACACUUUGUCUCAGACGUGCUCUGCACGUAAAUCUGCUUCUGGGAAACCUCACGUCUGGUCACCUUACAGGCCUAACUCCACACAUCUGGCUGUCUGACCGCAGCUACGUGCUGUGUGUGUGUUGAUACCAGGGUGCGAAUUUAAACAUUAAAUGUGUGUGUCGCCAGAAACAGCUGGAUGCUACUGAGCUAGCAAGCUGUAGCCGAGCAGCAGCCUCUACAGAGCGGCGAAGCUGUCAGAUCAAACCAGCGCUGCAGCCUGGAGGGAUGGAUCUCUGCGUGUGAUCAGUGAGGAUGAGGAGCCGCAGUAACUCAGGAGUGCGGCUGGAUGGCUAUGCCCGGCUGGUCCAGGAGACAAUCCUGCGCCACCAGAACCCAGUGACGGGACUUUUGCCCGCCAGUGCCCAGCUGAAGGAUGCCUGGGUGCGGGAUAAUGUGUACAGUGUCCUGGCUGUGUGGGCGCUGGGCAUGGCCUACCGCAAGAACGCAGACCGAGAUGAAGACAAGGCCAAGGCCUACGAACUGGAGCAGAGUGUGGUGAAGCUAAUGCAGGGACUUCUGCAGUGCAUGAUGAGACAGGUGGCCAAGGUGGAGAAGUUCAAACAUACCCAGAGUACACUGGAUUGCUUGCAUGCCAAAUACGAUACUCCCACGUGUGCCACAGUGGUCGGAGAUGACCAGUGGGGUCAUCUCCAGGUGGAUGCCACCUCCAUUUACCUGCUGAUGCUUGCUCAGAUGACAGCCUCAGGUCUUCGCAUCAUCUCAAACCUGGAUGAGGUGGCCUUUAUCCAAAACAUGGUCUUCUACAUUGAGGCUGCUUACAAAGUGGCGGAUUAUGGGAUGUGGGAGCGAGGUGACAAGACCAACCAGGGCAUCGCUGAGCUCAAUGGCAGCUCUGUAGGAAUCGCUAAGGCAGCUCUGGAGGCCAUAGAUGAACUGGAUCUUUUUGGUGCUCAUGGAGGACCGAAGUCAGUCAUCCAUGUUUUGCCUGAUGAGGUUGAACAUUGUCAGUCCAUCCUGUGCUCCAUGCUGCCAAGAGCUUCAACCUCGAAGGAGAUCGACGCCGGCCUUCUGUCUGUCAUUUCCUUCCCUGCUUUUGCUGUCGAGGAUCCGGACCUGGUGGCCAUCACUAAAUCGGAAAUUAUAAGCAAGCUGCAGGGUCGUUAUGGCUGCUGCCGCUUCAUCCGGGAUGGAUAUCGUUGCCCUAAAGAGGACCCAUCUCGGCUCCACUACGAUCCUGCAGAGCUCAAGCUGUUUGAAAACAUUGAAUGUGAGUGGCCUGUCUUCUGGACUUAUCUUAUCCUGGACGGUAUCUUUGCUGGAGAUCAAGUGCAGGUGCAGGAGUACCGCGAGGCCCUGGAGGGCAUUUUGAUCAGAGGGAAGAACGGCAUCAAACUGUUACCUGAACUUUAUGCUGUACCUCAUGACAAGGUGGAGGAGGAGUACAGCAACCCUCACUCAGUGGACAGAGUGGCCAUGGGACAGCUGCCGCACAUGUGGGGACAGUCUCUCUACAUCUUGAGCUGUCUUCUGGCCGAGGGGUUUUUAGCAGCAGGAGAGAUAGAUCCUCUGAACAGGAGAUUCUCUACAAACUUCAAGCCAGAUGUUGUGGUGCAAGUUUGUGUUGUAGCAGAGUCCGAGGAGAUCCAGGAGUUGUUAAGUGAUCACGGCAUCAUGGUCCAGACAAUGUCAGAAGCUCUGCCUAUCAGGGUCCUGCCUGCUCGCAUCCUGAGCCAUGUCUAUGUCAGAUUGGGGAACUGCAAGAAACUGAAUCUGAGCGGGAGGCCCUACAGACACAUCGGAGUUCUGGGAACAUCCAAAUUCUACGAGAUCAGAAAUCGCUCUUACAUAUUCACCCCCCAGUUUCUGGAUCAGCACCAUUUCUACCUGGCACUGGACAACCAGAUGAUUGUGGAGAUGUUACGAACAGAGCUGGCCUAUCUGUCCUCUUGCUGGAGGAUGACAGGACGGCCCACACUCACUUUCCCCAUCACCCGCAGCAUGAUGGUUGAAGAUGGAGAUGGGAUUGAUUCCUGUAUUCUGGCAACUCUCAGGAAACUACAGGAUGGCUAUUUUGCUGGAGCAAGGGUGCAGAUGUCAGACCUCUCCAGCGUCCAGACCACUUCGUUCCACACCCGCCUCAGCUUCCUGGAUGAAGAGAACGAUGACAGCCUUCUUGAGGACGAGGAUGAUGACGAGGAUGACGACGACUACGGACCGGAAUAUAACAACUGUGGGCCUUCAGAGGGCUCAAAAGACAUGUUUGACCAGUACCUCACCCAGCUCCUCCACAGCACCAACACCAAGUACCAUCUUCCUCCCAUCCAGAGGGGGCAGCACCACGUCUUCAGUGCUGAGCACACCACCAGGGACAUCCUGUCUUUAAUGGCCCAGGUCCAGGGCCUGAACAUGCCCAAGUCUUCCAUGUAUCUACCUGUGACUCCAGUUAAGACCAAACGCCGAAAAGCUCUCAACCUACUUGAAGUUCCUCUUCAUCCUCAGUCUGGCCCACAUGUGAAGCAGAACAAGCCCCACAGUGCUGCUGACCUGCACCUGCCUCGAGACUCACAGGGAAACACAGACUUUGCAGCGUUGGUGAGGCAGCUGAAGGAGUGUCCGACCCUGCAAGACCAGGCAGACAUACUUUACAUCCUUUACGUAAUGAAAGGAGCUGAUUGGCUGGUGGAGUUGUCAGGUCCUGGGCAGGGUGGGGUCAGUGUACGUUCCCUGCUGGAGGAGCUGUAUGUACAAGCUGGAGCCUGUAAAGAGUGGGGACUCAUCAGAUACAUCUCUGGGAUACUACGCAAGAGAGUGGAGGUCCUCGCCGAGGCCUGCACAGAUCUGAUUUCUCAUCACAAGCAGCUGACUGUAGGUCUUCCUCCUGAGCCCAGGGAACAGGUUAUCACAGUUCCACUUCCUCCCGAGGAGUUGAACACUCUCAUCUUUGAAGCCAGCGGUCAGGACAUCAGUAUAGCUGUCCUCACACAGGAAAUCAUGGUCUAUCUGGCCAUGUACGUGCGCUCCCAGCCGGCUCUGUUUGGGGACAUGCUCCGGCUCAGGAUAGGACUCAUCAUGCAGGUGAUGGCCACUGAGCUGGCUCGCAGCCUGCACUGCUCCGGGGAGGAGGCGUCUGAGAGUUUGAUGAGCCUGAGUCCUUUUGACAUGAAAAACCUGCUGCACCACAUCCUCAGUGGCAAAGAGUUUGGGGUGGAGAGGAGCAUGCGCCCAAUCCAGUCAACAGCCACUAGUCCUGCCAUCUCCAUCCACGAGCUCGGCCACACUGGAGCCACUAAGACCGAACGCACAGGAAUUCACAAGCUGAAGAGUGAGAUAAAACAGAUCUUCAGCGGGGGUCAUUCCCUAAACAGCACUGUCACUUCUCCUCGCUCCACGCGCUGCAGCAGUCCGUCCACUCCCAGUGGGAUCCUGUCACCAGUGGGCCCCGGUCCAGCAGAUGGACAGCUACACUGGGAGGAGAGACAAGGUCAGUGGCUUAGGAGACGCAGGCUGGAUGGAGCCAUCAACAGAGUACCGAUGGGUUUCUACCAGAAGGUCUGGAAGAUCCUGCAGAAGUGCCAUGGCCUGUCCAUCGAUGGAUAUGUGUUGCCGUCUUCGACCACGAGAGAGAUGACAGAGGGAGAGAUCAAGUUUGCGGUGCAGGUGGAGUCCGUCCUGAACCACGUCCCUCAACCUGAGUACCGGCAGCUGCUAGUGGAGACUUUGAUGGUCCUUGGCCUGGUAGCCGACGUGGAUGUGGACAGCGUCGGCGGCAUUAUCCAUGUGGACCGCAUCCUGCAUCUGGCCAAUGACCUCUUCCUCAGUGACCAGAAAUCCCACAGUGCCGGUGAUUAUUUCCUCGAGAAGGACCCAGCGACGGGAAUCUGCAACUUUUUCUACGACAGCGCCCCCAGUGGCAGCUACGGCACCAUGACCUACCUGUCGAAGGCGACCAUCACUUACGUCCAGGACUUCCUGCCGAGCUCCAGCUGCCUGAUGCAGUGAAAGUGCAGACUGGGGUGUGUUUUAUCAUAAAUGAAGCAUCAUCUGUCCAAAAGCAGCAAAGCUUCUCGUUAUCAUGUGGUGCUUGUGAGUAUUUACUCAUCAAUAAACUCUGUAGCUCUCAUACACUGAUGUAACAUCACAGCCUUGGCAGCUGAUUUCAAAAGACCAUAUACAAAUGUAUUUUUUCUCUCUAAGUCUGGACUGUAAACUUAUUUAUUGACUUAAUAACAUAUAAGCACAUCUCUGUGCUCUUGGUGUUGUGUGUGACAAUACUAUAUACAUUGUCUUGUAAUUGAAUGUCAUAUAAUAUAACUGCUGAGCCUGGUAAUUAUCAGAGUGAAUAUGUUAAGAUUUUGUGCACACAAAUUAUUAAUUAUUGCCCUCAAAUCAAGAACUUGUACUUUUAUUUCAUGAAUUCUUCUUUUUUUUUUCUAUAUUUAGUAAUAUAAUUUAUGGUUCAUGGCUGACCCCAAAUAUGCAAGAAAGAUAAUCAAAUAUAAAUUUCAAAAAUCAAUCUAUACCCUCAAAUUACUUUAAUCAUGUAUUUGUAUUUUAUUGUUAUGAUUGUAUGAUUGUUCUAAAAAUUAUUGUUCUUUUUUAAUAUAUAUAUAUCAGAUAGUUUCCAGGCUCUUGAUGAUACUAAAACUUAUUUGUUGUAGUCUUGUGUGUUGUAUUAUCAUGAACCUGUAUGGGAACAAGAAUCAUAGUUGGCGUUGAAAGCCAAGAUUGUCUUUGUGUCCAUGUUGUGUUUUGUAUGAUGAAUGGAAGUUGAUCUGUCUGCAUCUGAGUGGCACCCUGAGGUUUUGCUACAAAUAUGGCGAGUCAGCAUUUUGCAUGUACCUCAACAUAUUGAUGGUUUGUUCAUUUAUGUACAGUGAAGAUAUGUUUAUUUCUGCCAUGUUGGGAUAGAAUUUUGCUUUAAUACUUAAAUGUUUUAUAUGUACAGUAUAUAUAGAGAGUACAUGCACGAUGUGUACAUAAAGACUGAAAUGGCAGUUCAGCUGGAUGUUUGUUAAGUAUCAGAGAGGUGUGGAGUAUGUUGAAGAGGGUCUUUGUAAGUCUGAGAAGUGCAGAAAGGAAAACUAGUUUUAAACAACUUUCAUCCCAAUGCUUUGAUUUUAAAAGCAAAGUGACAUGAAACAGUAAAGUUUAUAUAUUUGAAUGCUAGCCUUAACCCUGACAUAUUUGCAUAUGCUUAAAAUGCAAGAAAUGGAGAUAAAUAGAAUUAUUUUUACUAUAACACAUUGUACAUGUCUGCUGUUUAAUUAUUUUAGCAAUGCAGUUUCCUCUCAUUUUCAUUAGAAAAAUAUUUAUGACAUUUUCAAUGCAUGUUCAUGUUCAAUAAUAAAAUCAUUUGACUAACA